AUGGUGGGCACGGUGGCCCCGAGGCAGGGGAAACCAGGAGAGCGGAGCUCCGUCUUCUAUUCUGCUGGACAGUUUUUCUUUGAGUACCUGGUGGUGGUGUCACUGAAGAAGAUGUCAGAUGGACGUUAUGAACCCAAGAUAACCUAUCAGUUCCCAAAGCGUGAGAACCUGCUGAAGGGCCAGAAGGAGGAGGAGGAACAUCUCUUGAAGGCCAUCCCCCUCUUCUGCUUCCCCGACGGCAACAACUGGGCCCCUGUCACUGAGUUCACCAGUGAAACCUUUUCUUUUGUCCUGACCAACAUGGACGGCGGCUACUGCAGGCAGCUGCUGCCAUCCGGCCGUGGUGUCCGCCUCCCUGAGGUCUUCUGCAUCAUCAGCUGCCUGGGCUGCUUCGGGCUCUUCUCCAAGAUCCUGGAUGAGGUGGAGAAGAGGCGUCAGAUCUCCAUGGCGGUGAUUUACCCCUUCAUGCAGGGCCUUCGGGAAUCGCCCUUCCCAGCUCCAGGGAAAACCGUCACCAUUAAAAGCUUCAUCCCCGAGUCAGGCACAGAGCUCAUCGCGCUCACACGGCCCGUGGAUGCCCACCUGGAGCACGUGGAGUUUCAGGCUCUGCUCCAGCGGCUCAGCCCCCACCGCAUCCUGCUCAUCUUCGCCUCCGCCGUGUUGGAGCGACGGCUCAUUUUCCUGGCAGAGGAGCUGAGCGUCCUGUCGCAGUGCAUCCACGCGGUGGCUGCUCUUCUCUACCCCUUCACCUGGGCUCACACCUACAUCCCUGUGGUCCCUGAGUGCCUGCUCGACACUGUCUGCUGCCCCACGCCCUUCAUGGUCGGCAUUCAGAGGCGGCACCUGGAGCGGGUCCUGGACCAGCCGAUGGAGGAGGCUCUGAUAGUUGACCUCUGCGAAGGGAAGAUCAUCCGGGAGGUGGGUGAUGAGGAGGAGAUCUUGCCCAUCAAGCUGCAGAACGAGAUGCUGACGUCUCUGAACAGGCACAACAACAACAACAACGUACACACAUCCGAGCAGGUGAACGCGCUCGUCUCCGAAGCCUUUGUGCAGUUCUUUGUCCGAAUGGUUGGCCACUACUCCUCACACAUCAAAUGGAGCAAAACCGGCUCGGGCACCUUCCAGGAGCGAGCCUUCUGCAAAGCCAUCGCCUCCAAGACCAACCGCAAGUUUGUGAAGAAGUUUGUGAAGACGAACAUGUUUUCCCUAUUUAUUGAGGAAGCAGAAAAGAGCAGGAUCCCACAGGAAGCCUAUUUCCAGCGGAAAAUAACAGAGUACCGUGAACAGAAGAAGCACCGAAGGGACUCCUGA